GAAGCUCCGACCAAAUUAGCUAAAGUAGGGUCACUUUGUGGUAGGUGUCUUCUACACAAGACCAGAGGAGAGCAGCAACGCCAAACAGAGGAAUAAGCUUCUCCGCCAUGACAGAAGAUUACGAGGUUGAUGAGAAGAAGCAAGCUGCUGCCGAUGUAUUGUUUAGUUAUUCCAAGUUUGCAAUGGCCUGCAUCGGUAACCAGACUCGUCCUACUGACAUGAGGUUGCAUUUGUUGAAGGAGAUCUCAGGAUUGCCAACUUCUCUGAAUAGAAGAGAAUCUUCUAGAGCAGCAACUUCUCCUGAUCCAGUUGGCGAAUCAUCAAGCUCUGGGUCUCAUAAGAUAGAUGCUAGUGGGUUACUGGCUAAGUAUCUGUCGCUGAGGAACCUAAUUAUCAAGUUUGACUUUUGAUUUUGCCCAUGAUAAUGUUCAAUGUUAAUGUGUGGUUCUGAAGAAUAAAUGUUAUGCUGCUACUACGAAAUGAUAUUCUAUCUGUAUAAUCUCUUCCGAGAUACCUCGAUAUAUCUCAUUUCUUGAAUAGAGAAUUUACUAAUGG